GUGACGGGGGCUGGCUGCCUACAGCCCAGAAAGAAGACACCAUGUGAAAAAAGUAUAAAAAUACACUAAAACCCACCCGUCACUUGUUAUUUUGCCUACCGAUUAGCAAGCGGUGUUGACGCUUCAGAUUGGACUGUGUAGUUCUACACCCGAGGGAACGAAUGGCAAAGGACGGGACAGCGUAAAAUCUGGCGAAAGGAAGUGGUGAGAGUGGUCAGGACAGCUAGCUGUAUGAUGCAGGUUAGUAAUGGCCCGGGCCACAUCCCCCCCGUGUUCGUGCCGCCCCCCAACGGCCACACCCAGCGCUCCCCCGGCUACGUGCCGGGACGCGUCGUGCCCGUGCGCUCCCCUCCUCCGCCCACCAAGGCACCCCCGCCGCCCCCGCACAAGCCUGGCCCUGGAGGAGGACCACCCGUGCCGCCCCACCACCACCAGCUGCGCCCCGGCAACAACACCUCGACGACAACCUUUAACCUCUCGGAAGGAGGUCAGGGACGGGACUCGUCAAUGGGCGCCGCUGCUGGCCUGACGCAGCAGAGCAAUAAGAACGCCCUGAUCUUCACUGCCGUGUCCACUGGAGCGCUGCUACUCUGCCUCACCCUCGCCAUCACGCUCGGCUCCAGGGACGUGCUGGACGAGAACUGCCCGGACCACAACCCCUCCCUGAGCAGCUGGAGUCCGGGUCACGACCGCAGCAAGGUGGUGGUGGUGCAGCAUGGGCAGAAGCUACUGCUGGAGGCCUCCACCACACUCUACUCUCUCACCAUCAAGUCAGGAGGAAUGGUCGUGUUUGCGGACAAUGCUGCGGGCACCCUGAACAUCACCCUACGGCUGCGUCACAUACUGAUUCAAGAUGGCGGCUCGCUGCACAUCGGGGCGCCCAAGUGCCGCUACCGCUCCCUGGCUACCGUCACGCUGGUGGGACGUUCUGACGAGCGCGACGUGAAAGAUGUUCCACAAUUCGGACGCAAGUUCUUGGGCGUGGCCAGCGGGGGCACCCUAGAGCUCCACGGCGCGGAGCGUCUGUCGUGGACGCAGCUGACGCGCACGGUGCCCGCCUCGGGCCUGGAGGUGGGCGCCUACUCCUUCCAGCGCAACUUCAGCCGCGGCAUCAACCUGCGCGUGGUGGACCAGGACACGGCGGCGGUGCUGUACGCCGAGCGCUUCGACACGCACGACUCGGACGACGACAGCCGGCGGCUGAGCCAGCUGCUGAGAGGGCUGCCCAGGGGGAGGAUAGUCACGCUGGCCAUCGGGGACUCUGCCGUCAAGAGCCUGCUGGAGGAGACCAAGGCCACCGUCACCGAGCUCCUGGGCAGCAGCUAUGUCAACAGCCUCAAGUACAGGCAGGCAUGGGCGCUGGUGUCGGUGGUCGGCGGGGGCAACGCCUCGUGCACGGAAGACGUGCGGGAGCACGAGAACCACGACACGAGUGGGAAGGCGCUGGCUCGCCGAGACUUCAUUACCGUGGACGGCGUCCGCUUCUCUGUCACUGCCUACAGCGAGUGGCGAAACGGGUAUCCCCAGACAGGUUUCCAGGUGGAUGCGGUGGACCAGGUGGUGUUGAAUCUCCAUGACGACGUGAGUAGCUGGCGCCCUGGCGACCGGGUGGUGGUGGCCAGUACAGACUACUCCAUGCACCAGGCCGAGGAGUUCACCCUCCUACCCUGCCCACACUGCACACGCAAGCAGGUCCGCAUACAAGGGAGGCCCCAGUUUACCCACGUUGGGGAGAUCGUGGACGGGGCGGACAUGCGUGCUGAGGUGGCCCUGCUCUCCAGAAACAUCCUGGUCCACGGGGAGAUGGAAAACUCCUGCUAUGGAAACAACUGGUGCCAGUUCUUUAACCAUGACACAUUCGGGGGACACAUCAAGAUCCAGGGUAACUUCUCCUCAGUGCACCUGUCCCAUGUGGAGUUGAAGCACCUGGGGCAGCAGCGUGACCAGGGCGCGUACCCGCUGCACUUCCACCGCUGCGGAGACGUGGAUCAGCGCGGAGGCUACUCCUCUCCCACCUCCGUCUCCGCUCUCUCCAUACACCACUCCUUCUCACGCUGCGUAACCGUGCACGCCACCAACGGUCUCCUGAUACGUGACACGGUGGGUUAUGACGUGCUGGGCCACUGCUUCUUCCUGGAGGAUGGCAUUGAGCAGCGCAACACCUUCUUCCACAACCUGGGCCUGCUGACGCGGCCCGGCACCAUCCUGCCCACCGACCGCAACGACACCAUGUGCCUCAACAUCCUGGACAAGGUCCAGAAGAACUACGUCCCCACGCCCGCCACCGAGUGCAAGGCCGUGUCCACCUUCUGGAUAGCCAACCCCAACAACAACCUCAUUAGCAACGCUGCAGCUGGAUCUCAGGAUGCGGGGAUCUGGUACAUAUUUCACAGCAUGUCGACAGGCGACUCUCACGGGCUGGUACCAGAGACGAGAGCUGAGCUCACCCCUCUAGGGAUCUUCUACAACAACCGCGUACACUCCAACUUUAAGGCUGGGCUGUUCAUUGAUAAGGGAGUGAAGACCACCAAUGCGAGCAAGGCUGACCCACGGGAGUACCUGUGCCUGGACAACAACGCCAGGUUCCGUCCGCAUGAGAACGCGGACCCCAACAAGCCCCGUGUGGCGGCUCUGAUCGACACCCUCAUCUCCUACAAGAACAACGACCUGGGCGCCUGGAUACGGGGCGGUGACAUCAUCAUCCAGAACUCCUGUUUUGCAGACAAUGGAGUGGGGUUAUCAUUUGCUAGUGAUGGCAGCUACCCCAAGGAUGAGGGCUCGAGUCAGGAGGUGUCCCAGUCUCUGUUCGUGGGCGAGAGUCGGAACCGCGGCACCAACGCGGGCCAGAACAAGUACUGGGGCAUCGGCGGCGUGGACGGCAAGAACCGAACACUACCCAGAAACAAAACGUUCCCCAUCCGAGGGUUCCAGAUCUACGACGGGCCCAUGCGGCUGACGGAGAGCACGUUCCGGAGCUUCUCGCCGACGGCGGAGCGGUUCACCAGCGCGGUGGGCUUCAACCUGAAGAACACAUGGCAGCUCACGCCACGCAACAACCUCUCCUCCCUCAGCUUCUCCUCCUCUGUGAAGCUGCCGGUGUUCUUUGGUAAGCCGGGCCAGUGGUUCGAGGAGAACGACCUGGACGGGGAUAAGAAUUCCAUCUUCCACGAUCUGGAUGGCACGGUGGGGGGUUACCAUGACACGUAUGUGGGCCGGGUGGACAACUUCCUCAUCCAGCACCCCGGCUGCGUGAACAUCAGCCAAUGGAACGGGGUGAUUUGCAGCGGGUGGUACUCUCAGGUGUACGUGAAGACUCAGGGGGCGUCCGGCCUGGCUCUGUCCAUCUGCCGUGACGAGUACCCGGACAAGCCGAUGGUGCUGCGCGGCAUCAACAGCCAGGGGGCAUCGUCUCAGCAGUACCAGCCCAUCCUCAUGAUGGCCAAGAGCUACACGAUGCACUGGGACGGCCCCGCACCACGCGAGAUCGUCCUCUCACUCGUCAACUUUGACAAGGAUAACUGGGCGCUAGUGGGGCUGUGCUACCCGACAGACACCAGCUUCCAGAUCAUGUCGGACAUCAACGACAGGCAGAACAACACCUUCACCGACAUGGAGGACUACGGCCCGGUCAGCUCGCUCGAAGACCUGCAGAAACGCCAGCUGGACAGGAAGUUCUUCUUCGACCGCUCCACUGGGCUGUUGUGGCUGUACCUGCGUGCGCGUCACAGUCGUGAGGGCCACAGCUACUGCUCCUCCCGGGGCUGCGAGCGCGUGAAGAUCACGGCCAACACCUCCUCCAGACAGAAGGGCGACUGCAUGGCCAAGGCCUACCCCAAGCACCGCCAGACGCCCUCCGCAGUGCUGCCCAUGCCUGCCCACAACCCCAAGCUCUGCGAGCAGUGCGGAGCCUCGAAGCUGGUCUUCUCCAGUGACCCCUGGAACUCCUACCUGCAGACGGAGAUCAAGUCCCUGAGCAGGAAAGAUGAGCAGAGCGGGGACUCCUUAGCCUACAUCACUGUGAACGGGAAGCGUUUCCCCCUCACUCAGCCAGGCUUCCGUCUGGUCACGGUGGACGCCUGCUCUGGACAGGUCACAAAGAGCCCACUGUUCCCAACACUGGACAAGAUGGCCCCCUUCCUCAAGACUGGCAUCGCAGCCAGGUCUAUCGUCCUGAUUGGAACGCGAGGGCAGCCGGGAGGGAUGGCUGACCUGGGCCAACACCUACUUCCUCUGGGGGCGGCCAAGGUGGCGGAUCUUCAAAAGAAAGUCAGCGUGGCCUUCUUUGGACUCAAGGGCUCCGGUGGCGGUGGCUUCCCCCCUCCCUGGCUCACCCUCGUGUCCGCCCAGGGUGAGGAGGUCCUGGGCUUGCAGCAGCGCUACCUCCCCCUCUCCCUGGAGGAAUACGGCUGCACGUCGGCAGGCCCGCCCAAACGCAGGGAUCUGGACCUCUUGAAGAAAGCUCUGAACCAAAAGUCAUAACCAUCUCAUAAAUGUGAACACACACACACAAACAUGAAUGCACACACGAAAGAAAUGCAAAAAAGAAACAAACAAGACUACAAGACUGGAUGGACAAACGAAUGAAUGUGAACUCGCGAGCGUAAUUUAUUAAUGUUUGAAAGAGCUUGAUGUUUACCGUAUUUCAAGGGUAUUGUAAAAAAAAAUAUGUGGCUUGGAUUAUGGGCAUGGAUUGCAGAAAUGUGUAUGUGUGUAUUUGUAUGUGUUUGUAUGCAGUAUGUGUGAGUGUUUGUUUAUGCGUGUGUUUGAGUGUGUGUGUGUAUGUGUGUGUGUGUGUGGCCGUGAGAUUCACGGUACAGAGCAAUGCACUUUUUUUUCCUCCUCAAUUUUAUUUUAUUUUUUUCCAAAAAAAACAACAGCUGAUACCUUCAAACAGUAGCACUGCGAGCCCAAAGUACACUCUGACUCAUGUGUAGAGGGGAAGAAAACGAAGACAAACAACAAAAGCCGAACGCAAAGACUGAAACACUCUUUCAUCUCCAUGCAACAGCCAAAGCUAGCAGAAAGCCUCUGGAGUUGUUUUCUUUUCUCUUCUUUUCAUCUCUUCAUCUCUUUUCCUCCUUUCCCUUCUCCCUCUUCCCCCUUUCUUUAUCUUUGAAGCCGUCACUGGUGAUGGUAUCUUUGCAUCUCAUCCAUGUUUAGUUACCGCACAUCUGAACAUGUACCAGUAUACGUGUGUGUGUGUGUGUGUGUGUGUGUGUGUGUGUGUGUGUGUGUGUGUGUGUGUGUG